UGAUGAAAUACGGAUUAAUUAAGCUUCCACAAUCCGAACGGAUUUCCUCGAUUCUAUGGCCGCAAAGAAGAAGAAGGGUCCGCUCAAAAACCUGGCGGCCGGACGGCCUCCAGUCUUGCACCGACCUAAGUCGAUGUCAAGGACCGCGACCAAGGCAAUCAUCAACAAGCACCACCUGCUGCAAAAGCGGAAGCGGCAGGCCAUUGCCAAAGGCGACAAAGCCGAGGUUGCAAUCAUUGAUGCCGAGAUUGAGGCGCUAGGCGGCCUUGAGAGGUACCAGGAAGCAAGUCUGCAGGGUCAGAGGCAUGAUCGUGGAGGCGACAGUUCCCGGGUACUCAUGCAGUGGCUUAAAUCAACUUUCUCGCCUCAGAAGCCGGACUCGAGUCGACGUCUUCGCAUGCUCGAGGUUGGAGCACUCAGUACGCAAAAUGCCUGCUCAAAGAGCGGUCAUUUCGACAUUGUGCGAAUCGACCUCAAGAGUCAAGAAGAAGGAAUCCUGGAGCAGGAUUUCAUGGAGCGGCCCUUGCCACGCGACGAAUCUGAGCGAUUCGAUAUCAUCUCUCUCUCUUUGGUCCUCAACUUCGUUCCGGAAGCCAAAGGGCGGGGAGAUAUGCUCCGCCGGACGACGCAGUUUCUCCGCGCUCCGGGGCGGUACAUCGAUUCUCCCGGCCUUGCCGCAAGCUUUCCAAGUCUGUUUCUCGUCCUGCCAGCGCCAUGUGUGACAAACUCUCGAUAUCUGGACGAGGAGAGGUUGGUGGCUAUCAUGGAAUCUCUCGGAUAUACUAUGGCGGAAUCCAAGACAAGCCAGCGGCUGGUCUACUAUCUCUGGAGGAGAGUGCGGGUCUGUAAAGGACCAGGUACCGUCUUUCCGAAGAAAGAAGUUCGGUCGGGCUCGUCCCGGAAUAACUUCGCCGUUGUCCUGAGCUGAACUGGUUGUUCUGGACUUCGCGCAUAUUGUUGCGCCCUUGCGGCAUGUCAUCGCGUUCUGAGAGAUUCCCAUCGGUCAGGGUCUCUUGAAGGCAAUGACAGUUCAAAACACAAAACCGAUGGGCGACAAGGCUCCCAUCUUUUAAUCCUCAGCGAACUCGACAGCGACGAUCAACGACCUUUG